UAGUCUUCCCAAAUCCAGUGUGCUAUGAGAAAGCCAACCUCUGCUCAUAGUUUCCUACACAUCUUUAUAUAUAUCAACCCACAUAGGGGAUUCACAUUCACUUCAAUAUUCAAUAUUCAAUCAUUCAUAUUCCAAUCCUGAAUCCUUCCUUCAUUUCAUCAGUGAAUUAUCAAGUGUCAAGUGUUAACUAACCGCCAUCGAUCAUGAGGUGCAAAAAGCAGAGCCAGAACAAGUUAGUUCGAAUCAUGGCAUCGCCAAUCAGAGCACUGGGAAAAGCACGUGACAUGUACGUGCGGAGCAUUACGAACUGCGGCCAGCACGUGAGCUACUACGGCGGCGGCGACCCCACGGAAGGCGCCGGAAGGUUCUCGAGGAGCCACAGCGUGGCCACCUCGACAACAACGAGGUACGAGGUUGUCAGCGAGGACUACGCGGAGCUUCUCAGAGCCGCGUCCGCGAGAACCUUGGCGAAUCGAAUCGACAUGGAUUUGGUUCUCAAACAGCAACAGCAUGCGAACUCUUUGAAAGGUAACAAUUUGCCUAAGUCCAGCAGUGUUGGGAUGGCGAGGAUUGACGAGGAUAAACCCUAUGAUUCCGAAGGAGGUGUUGCUUUUGUGACGGAUCCGUAUCCGAGGAGUAGAAGCUACGCUGUGGCGAAGAGAGGACCUGCUUUUGAAAUUCAUAGUUCAAGACUUGUGUCGGUUGAAGCUAGGAAAUAGGAGAAGUACUUAGAUAUAACUUGUGUGAGGGAGAAAGAGAUUUUAGUUGAAUUUGAGGGGAAAGCCAGCCCCACCAAUAGAAGAAUCUACCUUAGUAGAGCACAAGAUGCAAUGAACAAAUGUCAUUUCUUCUGACAAGAGAGUUGGACUGACGAAGAAAUUGAUAGUAAGCAUUGUUGCAAUGAACCAGAAAGUCAAGUUUGUGGAUCAGAGGCUUCAAGUUUCAGAUAAAACAAUGGCAGCAAUAAUUGCUACUGAGAGGAAGAUAAAUGACACUGGAUCAACUGUCAAAACAAGCAGGAAGAAGAUAUAAUAGUUGUGAUACCAUGGGAAGAGUGGUGGGACUUUGAACUGGAUAAAGAUGAUUCCAAUCCCCAUAUUGCUCUGCUUCCAUUACACCCUGCUUUGUGUGCCAGCUUUAAUGAGACUGCCGCAAGGGAGUAUGCACUGAGCAUGGCAGGAAAACCAUAUGGUUACCAUAACAUGAUCUUCAGUUGGAUAGACACUUUAAAUGAAAAUUAUCCACCACCCUUGGAUGCUAAUGUGGUAUUAAUUUAAUCAGUUGUUCUGCUUGAAUUUCAA